UGUGCAACCUUCCUCCCUACCUCUUAUUAUGAAUGCAUGGUUCCAUCUUCAAUUAUGAACGUAGAAAUCAAUAUUGUGUUUUUUUUCUAUUAAGCCUGGCAGCAACACACUUAUCGGCAACACAGGGUGGAAUGAGGCUUCUUAACGGGUCUCAUUCGUAUCAGAAGGGAGAUCCCGGGUGGCGUUUCGGAAUAUUGCAUCCAAUCACUUGAGCACCUUGGUCUGUCUGCUUCAUCUGUCAGUGUAGAGGACAACGUACUGUGGGUGCUGACAGAUGUCAGACAUGUAGAAACGGUGUAUGGCUGCUUCAUUGUACGAAGGAGAUGCGUUGAAGAAAAGGGGGACAUUUACUGUUCACAGACGACUACAUCAUGGUGGAUGUCAGACUGUACUCCCAUGCUAUAUGGACGCACUCGAGAACGCCAAUCUAUACAGACUACUAUCUGACUGACAAUGAGAUCCGUGCCUUCAAUCACCGAGGGCGUCCCUGGGGCUAUAAUCGGGUGAGGGGUCUAGAUGUGUGGCGGGAUUUGCAGGGGAGACGACGGUGGACAAUCGCAAGCGUACCCAACUGGUUGCUGAACAUAAAUGUCAACACAAGCGAAGGGACAACCCGCAGCAGUUGGAACACACGGGACAUUAACAUCACGAGCGGACAUUCUCAUGGCAUCUACCUCACAAACAGGAUCAGACGCCCGUGCACAGUGGAGAUUCCGCAGCCGCUUGUUAACGUGAAUAUCCGAGACGGUGUCUUCCUUCUCGAGGGGCGGGCCAAGUUGGAGCGUCUCGGACGGCAGUCACCGUUCUCUCCUGCUGUCAUUGCAAUACACCUGAAUCUCCCCGAUGAGGAACCUUUCAGAAAGUUUAAGGACUUGUCAAACCAUCUUGCCCGUGUGGUGGAAGAACCGGAUGAUAGAGGGUUCUUCUUCUGGUUCAUCAAACGUCAGAGAGGACAAUGGAAUACACCAGUUAAAGACUCAUCUCUGUAUUUCAUAGAUCUCAACGUGACACACUUGAAGUACAAGAUACACGCUGGGGAUUGUAUCAAGUUUGUAGUAGUGACCCGUGAGAGGAAUCCUUCGUCUUCUCCACUGCCUUCUCAAAACUCUUCAUCGAAGCCUUCUCCAGCUUCUUCUCCACUUCGUCCUUCCAGCAUGGAUAAGAGGCAUUCUUCACCUUCUCCAGCACCUUCUCCAGCACCUUCUCCAGCACCUUCUCCAGCACCUUCUCCGCAUCCCCCUCAUCCCCCUCAUCCUCCAAGAUCUCACACACGGGACAGAACGGUUCAAACUGACCGAUCUCACACACGGGACAGAACGGUUCAAACUGACCGAUCUCACACACGGGACAGAACGGUUCAAACUGACCGAUCUCACACACGGGACAGAACGGUUCAAACUGACCGAUCUCACACACGGGACAGAACGGUUCAAACUGACCGGAUAAUUACAAAUACCCGACAAAAUCAAACAAGAGAUGAAAACAGAAUCCAAAACCACAAACAAGUACAAACCAGUGAACCGUCAAUUGUCGUACUUGAUCCAACCUUUUAUGAUGAUGAGGUAGUUCUGGCCCGUUGGGAGGAUGACCGAUGGUACUACAAAGGGAAGAUUGUCCAGCGCCAUGAUAAAGACUGUUACUCUGUGGAGGAUGUCACAGGCCGAUGUGACGUCAUUAGUAGUAAGCACAUCAUCCGGACAACUGACCAUUACGACGCUGGGUCUACUAUCAAGAGGGACAGUGUCCAUGUGCUGGCCCCCCAUCCAGUAUAUUACUGGAGCUACGCCCCUGGCAGGGUCAUAGAAGCGAUUGGUCAGAAACUGACUGUCCGGUUCUAUGACAACAAUCAGACAAACAUCGAGAAAUGGGACGUGUAUCCUGCCAGGAACCGAGAGAAACAUCUCAAGGACGUGGAGGACAUUCGCCAGCGAGAGAAAGACUGGGAGGGGAAGGAGGCCGUCAUCAGAGACGAGUCAGGGGUGUACAGACUGGGUAAAGUUGAAAAACAGAUAGGACGUCAGCAGAGGUACACCGUGACAUGGGAGGAUGGCAAGUGCGGUGAUCAGAUGUCCAUCCACAUCUAUGGAACCUUCUCCAAGAUGAUCAAGUUCAAGGUCGGCAGCUACAUCCUGGCACUUGCUGACCCUGACGACAACUAUUUCCUUCCGGGUGAAGUGACAAGGGUCCACGAAGAUGGAGAUGUUCAAAGGCUACACGUGGUGUUUGUCAAUGGGAAAAGGUCAAAGGAUGCCCUCUCCACGGAUAGUUACUGGAUGAAUAAGAUGGCCUACACUGAGGCGGAGGAGGUGUUUCUGACGCAUCACCCCGACAGUAGUGACGAGGAAGAGUUCUCUCGUUAAGAGUCGGCUGCACUCAGCUCAUCUCCAUCCCAUGUAUGUCAUCUCGGAUAACAUCUGGAGGAAUCCAUUUUGAAACUAGAUUUACCAGUUUCACACUUCGCGUGACUAUGACAUAAUAAUAUGGCACAAUUUCUUUCUCAAAAUCGGCCGCCAUGUUGUACGAGCUUUUCGCCAAGGGAUCAAUCGGUGUGCGGUCUACGGUGAAUUCAUGCAAUGUCUCUACACCAUUGCUGCCCGAGGUAUUAUGUAGGUGGCGGAGUUUCCCGAGUGGAAAUGAAUGGACUAUGCAGCUUGUUAAAACAUCUUCUUCUCUGUUUCAUCAACGAGUUUUUUAAAUGAAACACGAUAACAAACGUUGAAGAGCAGUUACGUUUAUUUACAAAUAGUCAACAGUACAUUUGAGAGUGUGAACAUAUCAUUGCUACUUCAAUCAAGCGGGGUGGUUUUCAAAUACAGUAAACUACGGUUAUAACGAACUCAAAGGGACCACUAAUUUUAGUUCGCUAUAGCCGUAGUUCGUUAUAUGCAUAUAUACAGCAUAACGACAGCAAAUAGUCGGGGCAAAAAAAGUAAGUUCGUUAUAUCCGUCAGUUCGUUAUAAGCGUGUUCGUUAUAAACGUAGUUUACUGUAUACCAAUUGCUGAUAGUAUCAUAGACAGUAAAACCCCGUUAAUCCCGACAGUGUGGACUAUACCGGAAAAAACAACUACAGUAAUCUACGGUUAUAACGAACUCAAAGGGACCACUGAUUUUAGUUGGAUAUAACCGUAGUCCGGUAAAAACAUAUAUACAGCAAAUGCCCGGGACCAACAAUAUGUUCGUUAUAUCCGUCAGUUCGUUAUAAGCGUGUUCGUUAUAUACGUAGUUUACUGUAUAUACACUAGGAAUCUUUGGUACAAAGAAACAUAUCUAUAUGUUGACGUUUUUUACAGUUAAAGUCUGGAGAAUAAGAAAGUCCGGUUUACGGGGGGUUCAGUUUAUACAAUUUAUACUGCAGCGGUAGUCAUUGGUACAAGGCUCUGCGAUUUUAGCCAACAGACUGCGGCGACACGAAUGUGGUUAAACUCUGUUAUAUAUACGGCUAUUUUAUAUACGCUAGGUUUUGUUCUAUCGACUAACCUUCUGAAACCCGAAACCCUCUGCUCUGCUGGUGUUAGUUUGUAUGUAACUUCAUAGGUAGUCUGCAACUUGUGUCAUUCGAUACCGAAGACCAAUGAAACCCAUGUUAAUGCCGACCAAUCGCAUUCUCCAAGAAUUAGGCCACGACCAGUUUUACUGGUUGAACUCGUUGGUCUACUGGUAGAGCGUCCGCCCGGAGCGGAAGGUCCGGGUUCGAACCUCGGCCUCGUCAUACCAAAAGAAGUUAAAAGAUGGUACGUGUUGUUACCCUGCCUUGGG